GGUCACGUCACCAUCUCACUGCAGCCUAGACUCCAGCGCUUAUUACGGAAAAAAGGGAACCAAGUCGAGUCCUGAGCUUUAAGUACUUCUUACACUCUAUAUGACGACACCUCCUAAGCCAUAGGUGUACCUCAAAAUGGCCUCGGAAACGUCGCUAGUGGCUAAACUAGACGCCUUGGUCGCUGACGUCUUGGCUGACUGGAACAUAUACACGACUCUUAUUGCAGGGACUAUUGUCGCCUUCCUUAUCUUUUCCUUCGUCACAUCCAAGGAACCGGAUAUCCACCCCUUUCUGCUGGCCCGCCAGUCAACCGCCUUCCCUGUACGCCAUCCUGGUCAAUCUGCUGCCUACCGGAGUCUAGAGACUCCUCACGGUUUCCCCCUUCGAUCCGGAUUGAACGUCAAAGAUCCGGGAGCACCGAAAUGGACUUCUGGAAGAAAAGGUGACCUGCGCGACGUCUGGAAAGCUGCCAUUCGUGGAGCCGCCGAAGAUGGCAAGGUAUCUGGCAAACAGGGAAAGAUCUAUACUGUGCUUGGAAGGAGGGCGGUAGAGCAUUCGUUGGAACAAGUGACACAAGAGAUCAAUGUUAUCGGAUCUCGCCUGCAGUCCUCUAAGGCUACAACAGUUGCCGUCUGUCUUACAGACUCGGUUGAACUUUUAGCAACGAUCUUUGCUGGUGCUUUCUAUGGUUUCAAGACCAUUCUCAUUCCCCACAAUCUCGAUCCCAAUGAUCUGUCUACCCUCUUGCAAAAAUCUCAGGCAGAUGUUCUCAUUGCGGAAGCAGGCGCUCUCGAUUUGUCUUUGGUGGCUGAGAGUAACAAGCAGCUCUCCCAGGUCAUUUGGGUUGCAAAGCUUGGCAGCAGGCAUAUGGACUGGAAUGAUGUGCCCGGUGACGUUAAAGGCACUCUAGAUGUCGCUGUUUGGCAUGAAGUGGUAGAAGAAAAGAAGGAUUUGGCUGGACUAGAUGUCCCCAGCUGGGAGCCAACCAGCCCAACACCUUCCGUCACUACUGUUUGGCCAUCCGCCACACAAGUGGGCGAGUUCAUCGAGUAUCAACCCGAGAACUUGAUCUCCGCGAUUGCUGGCUUGACUUAUUCCUUGCCCCGUAAUCAGCGGGUUGGCCCGAGCGACCUGGUGCUUUCAAUUGACUCUCUUUCUCGGUCAUACCCAUUGUGUCAGAUAAUGGCCGCUCUUUACUCAAAUGCCUCCGUUGCCCUUAAUUCUGUUGCCGGGGAAGGUGUCGACUUCGCUUUGGCUACCAUUGGAGUGUCUCCCACCGUAGUCAUUGCUUCAUCUCGCACAAUGUCCGACUACCAUGACAGAUUCAUGGAGCCACACUCCGGGUUCAUUUCUUCCCUUGCUCGUUGGUUUGAUGUGAGAAAAUUGGAUGCUGGAGUCAAACCGUCCCAUGGCAUGUUUAGUCAGGUUGCCAAUAUUGGACCUACUGCCGAACUCUCGCUCGACAAGCUUCGCCUUUUAUGUAUAUCGCACCGCGUUGAUGCCGACCCUCAAGUUCGCCUGAGCUAUGCACAAUUGACAGAUCUGAGGAUUUUCACCGGAGCUCGUGUUGUGUAUGCCCUGACUGGGCCAGGUGUAGCAGGCGCUGUCUCCCAGACCAACAUCUUCGACUAUAGGCGUGACAAGGGACAGAGUCAUCUUGGAGCGCCUUUAAGUAGCGUUGAAAUUGUUCUCACCGAUGUCUCCGAGGACAAGGAAAAUGAGGGACAGAUUACCGUUUCUGGCCCUGCCGUUGUCUCUGGCAAAGCUACACUCUCGGGUCAAGGCCGGAUUCGUGACGAUAACACCUUGGAGUUGUGCUAGGUUACAUAUUUCAUCUACUCGCUUUCAGCGUUGACACCGCGACUUCAUGACCUUUAUUGCAUACUGACUUCAGUUUUGUCUUUCGAACGGUGUAUUAGAUUGCCUCUACCCAUGCAAAUGCUGCUAAAGUAUCA